AAAACAAUAAAAAUAUUAUCUAUUAUGUAUUUUACUACUUUGUGUUUGUAGUUGGUCGUUCCAGUGAAAUUCUUAGUUACAGCCACGAAUUAAGAUAUACAUAUUAAUUAAUUUUCUGUAAUCCGUAUUGCACCAAACUGCAUUUUAUUAAUUGAUUAUACAUUUCAUUCAAUCAAAUCAUAACAGUUCUUUUACAAUGUUGACUCCAAAUUUUGAAUUGGAUCAAACCAAUGACUAUUUAAUCCUAAAGAUUAAAGCUAGAUUUGCUAAUAUCAACGAUACAGAAAUUGAUGUUGAUGGUACACAAGUUACAUUUUAUUCCUCUCCAUAUUAUUUACGUCUUCAUCUACCCGGCGAAGUGGCAGAAACUGAUUCUUCAUCUGGAUUUUAUGACUGGGAUACAUCUAUUUUUACUUUUCAAUUAAAUAAAGUAAAUCCAGGAGAGCACUUCCCAGAUUUAAAUCUUAUUAACAAAUUUCUAGCGCCAAAAAAAACUCCUCAAACAAUCAAGCCGUCAAUUGAAGUUCUUAAGGAAAAUGUUCAAGGUGACAAUAAAGAUGAUGAUGACGACGACAAUAACGAUGGCAAUGAAGAUAUAGAUUGUAACUUUUUACAAGAACCUAUAUUAGACAAAAAUAAUAUAUGUGUAAAAUAUGGAUUUGGCAACCAAACUCAAGAUGGAUUUAAUCAUUUUAAUCGUGAAUUUUUUGAAAUUAUUGAGAUUAGUGGUCUUGACAGUAUGAAUUUUGAACAAAGAAAAUCGUCACAAGCUGGGACAGAAUUUUUAGAUUUUUGUGAGGAUCAUUACAUGGCGGAUUUGAUGACGGAACCAGAUGGUUUCAAAGAUAUAUUAAACUUUAAGCCAUUUUGGUAUAACACAAUGCCAUUUACAUUAAAUGAUUCUCAAAAAAAUAUUUUAAAAUCACUUGGUAAUAAAGAAUACUUAUUGAGUAAAGAUGAUAUAAAAUCUACCUUAUUGUCAUUGGUAGAUAUCAUUUAUGCGUAUUGUUUUUGUAUUCGAACAAAUUUGGGUGAAGAAAAUACUGAAUCACCAUGGUUAAUCAACAAACUCUCAUCUACUCUUUCAUGGUUUCGUAUUUUUGAAACGUUUAAUGAAACCAUUAUAGCGUGCAUCAGACGAGGUGUGUGUUAUCCUCUAUACAGACGAUGGGAUUUAAGCAUUUUAGUGCUCUCUGAUGUUCGUAAGGUAUUUGAAAACGGAUGUGUUUGUUUACUCACGUGUUUGUUGGAUAUUCACGAGUUAUUUAACUCGAGUGAACCCAGAUAUGUAUUGAACCAACUAUAUAUUAAAGACUAUUGUAUUUGGAUUCAACAAUUGAAGAGUACACAUUUUGAAACCAUCGUCAAACUCUUUGAUAAAAAUAAAAUCGUCAAAAAGCAAGUGGGAUUUGAUUUAGAAGUAUUGGAAGUUGCUGCAAUGAGCGUAGAAGAAGACGUGGCCAGUUUAGAACGUGCAGAAAAAAGUAAUAGUAUUGUAUCUAAAUUACAAAAAUUACAAAUUUCAUCGGAGAGUAGUUUAGAUUCUGAUGACGACGAGGAAGAAUCUGCAAAAUAAUAUUUUAUUUUUAUCAUUUUGAGCCACGUAUUAAUAUUAAUGUCUAUAAAUAAUCAUUAUAUAAUUAAUUUUAUAUUUUCAAAAAUUAUAAAUUUCAAGUUCAAAGAAGAGUUAAGAUUCUGAUAACGACGAAGUUUUCAGAAUAAAAUUUUUUAUUUUUAUUAUUUUAUAUUCCGAGUAUUAAUAUUAAUGUAUAUUAAUAAUAAUUGUGUAAAUAAUUUCAUUUAUUUUAUACUUGCAAAAAUUACAAAUUUCAAGCUUGAACCACUCGGAAAGUAGUUUAGAUUCUAAUGACAACAAAGAAGAAUCUUCAGAAUAACAUUUUUUUCUCUCAUUUUGUACCAAUUAUUAAUAUUUAUGUUUACAAAUAAUAAUUAUAUAAUUAUUUCAUUUA